CAGAGGGAGGCGGGGAAGCUGAGCACCCAGCACUAGGGAAGGGACCCGUGGGGGUGACAGAAGGGAGGUGCUGGGUUCUGAGCUCCUCCCCGCUGCCCCAAGAGUCACACUUGCUCACAUGGGUCAGCUCAGUCAUCGUGGGGCUCCACGGCCCCAGACACACACCCAGCAGCAGUGCCAUCAGCAGUGCCAGCAGCAGUGGGCCAAGCCUGGUGGAGCAGCUCUGAGUGGUCCCGGCUGCUGCCCAGGACCCCUCAGUGGCCUCGGCAAUGCCUCUUCACCCCACCUCGGUGGCCGUGUGCAUUCCCCCUGGCCUGCAGGGGUUUCUCUGAGUCCCCACCCCGUGUCUGAGCCCCCAUGGCAGGCACGGUGGCAGCAGGUGGGCGGCGGCCGCAGCGGGUGAGCAUGCAGGAGCACAUGGCCAUCGACGUGAGCCCUGGCCCCAUCCGGCCCAUCCACCUCAUCUCCGACUACUUCCCGCACUUUUACCCCUUUGCGGAGCCCAGCCUGUGCACCGGGGACCUGCACCCCGCGGUGGCCCCCACCAUCCCCUCGGCACCCCAGCCACAGUCUGACUGCCAGCCAGAGGGAGACUCAGAUGACAGCACUGCCCUAGGCACCCUCAAGUUCACGCUGCUUUUCGAUGCGGACAAUAGUGCCCUGCACUGCACGGCUCAUUGUGCCAAGGUGAGAAUGGGGGCAGGGUCCCUGGGACAGGGGGCUGGGCCACAGGCCUACCCCAUACCCACUGUCUGUCCCCAGGGCCUCAAGUCCCCUGCCUCAGGCUCCGUGGACACCUAUGUCAAAGCCAAUCUGCUGCCAGGGCCCAGCAAGGCCAGCCAGCUCCGGACACGCACAGUUCGUGGCACAAGAGGACCUAUCUGGGAGGAGACACUCACCUAUCAUGGCUUCACCCGCCAAGAUGCUGGGCACAAGACCCUGCGGUUGUGUGUGUGUGAGGACCCACGGCUGCGGCGACGGUGGCGGGCGCCUCCCCUGGGGGAGCUCCGGGUGCCCCUGAGAAAGCUGGUGCCCAACCGAGCCAGGAGCUUCGACAUCUGUCUGGAGAAGUGGAGGCUGACUAAGAGGCCCAAGAGCCUGGACACAACCCGCGGCAUGUCCCUCUAUGAGGAGGAGGUGGAGGCAGAGGUGGCCGGGGAGGAACGUGGGCGCAUCCUGCUGUCACUGUGUUACAGCUCCCAGCAGGGUGGCCUGCUGGUGGGUGUGCUGCGCUGCGCCCACCUGGCCCCCAUGGAUGCCAAUGGCUAUUCGGACCCCUUCGUCCGCCUUUUCCUGCAUCCAAACUCGGGGAAGAAAUCUAAAUAUAAGACCAGUGUUCGAAAGAAGACCCUGAAUCCCGAGUUCAAUGAGGAAUUCUUCUACGCAGGCCCGCGGGAGGAUCUGGCCCAGAAGACGCUGCUGGUGUCCGUGUGGGACUACGACCUGGGCACGGCCAAUGACUUCAUCGGUGGGGUGCAGCUGAACAGCUGCGCCAGUGGGGAGCGCUUGCGGCACUGGCGUGAGUGCUUGGGCCACAGCGACCAUCGGCUGGAGCUGUGGCACCUGCUGGACGGCACACCCCCCCAGCUCAGCAACUAGUCCUGGUGCCAGCCUGGGCCUACUUGCCAUCCCUCUCCUACAGCUGCCCAUGAUGGCCCCACAGAGCUGGGAGGAGCCUGAGUACCCAGCCCCCAGUCAAAUGGGUGUUUCCUUUCUUCCUGCCUUUCAAAUUCACCCCACCUCAAAUCUUGAAGCCAAAAUAAACAUCUCCUUUAA